UGUAUGAACGUGGCGUGGUGCAAGUGCGUAUAUUCCUUGUUACCCCGACGCCUUCUCUACUAACAUAACCCAGAUGGCCAGUAAUUGGUGUGAUGAUCAUCGGAGGUCUCAUCAUUUUCAGUAUUGUUUGGUGUAUUAUUCGUUGCUGCUGCUGUGGUCUUUCAUGUUGUUGUAGCUGUUGCCAGUGCCUGAAGUGCUGCGGUAACUGCUGCGGUGCUUGUGACCCUCCACGCAGUGCCACAAAGCAUCUGGAUGACCCUUAUGCUCCCCAGAGUCAGCACCAUGGAUACCGAAGUGAACCCCCAAUGAACCCCUCAGCGCCUCAAUACGGAGUCACAAAGCCCAUGCGAUCCGAGCCACCUCAGUAUGCGGAAUUCGAAACGAGUAAAGGCCGAGACGAUGAUGCCCUCCCUGAAAUGCCCAGCUGGGAGGGUGCUAGCAGCAAAAAGGUCGAGGUUCACACAGAGGCCGUUGAGCUUGACACUCUACCUUCAAAGCCACCCCCUAGUCAGCAAAGCAACAUGAUGGGUGGGGUUUCACCGAACAAUUUGACCCCCUAUAGCCAGGCACAGAGUAACUCAAGUGGCUACCUGGGCGCUAACCAAGCUCCCGAUGCCUAUUCACCUAUCGACCAACAAGGCUACGGCUAUCAAGCCCCCGGUAUGAACCCGAUGUACGGCAGUGCCGCUGCUGUCGCACCAAUGCCACAUGAACGCCGCUCUCCAGCGUUGAACAACAAUGGAUAUGAUAACCAAGGCUACGGCCAUGAUCAAGGAUUCGAUCAAAACCAAGGCUACGGGCAGAUGCAUGGCUACGGACAACAAGGCUAUGGCCAGGCCACUUCCCCCAACGACUAUGCAGCAACUUAUAGCGGAUACCGAGGGACUCCUCCGCCGCGUCCCGCCAGUUUCGCCAAGCGAACUUCAAUGCAUCAGGAUGAAUUUGGCACUUACGGACAGCUUCCUCCUCGCCGUUCUCCAGCUAUACCAGAAGACUAUGGUUAUGGAUCACCCGUUCGUCAAUCACCCGGUCCCCAAAACGAUUUCGGCUACGCUCAGCCGCCUCGUCAGUCUCCAGCGCCUAUGAACGAUUAUCGAACACCGCCUCCCGGCCCCGAAGCCAGCUAUGGUGCUCAUCCUGUUCCCCAGCGGCAACACAUGCCAGAGUCCCACUCUCCUCAGGAGCCAUACCCAGGUUUCAAGCCAUACCAGCCUUAAAUGGCAGAUUUAUGACACUUUGGGGGUGAACGAAAGAAAAGGCAUAUAUGACUGUGUUUCUCUGAGUAUUUCAUGGAUAUACGGAGUUGCUUCAUGCAUUUUGUUACUACCUUAGUUUUAUGCGUUGGCGUUUCCGGGGAGAAUUUCAGUCGAACUUGUUUUUAGAAUUUGGGUCUGGAUACUCAGGUUAUAUUUUUGGAGGCCCCAUGAUACGGAUUUGUCUUGUCACCAUAAAGAGAGAUGGUCUGAAAGCACCACUUGGCUACGACACAGGUACUUCUCGCCUGCGUGAUGAAACUCUGUUCAGCUUCAUGCAAGCUUGGCGUCAUAGCCAAGACUUGGCCAUACAUUUACACGAUGAGUUUGGUACACAAUAAUGAU